CGUAAAGAUGUGUGUGUGCGUGUGUGCGUCUUCUUUUAUUUUCUGUUAAUGUCUGAUACGAUUAAAUACGACCAAUUAUAUAAAAUAUAAAGUAUACAAUUUUAUAUUUGCCACAAAUACAUUACACGUUUCUGAGUAUUAAAUUUCUUGACAUGCAUUCGAGAAAGAAUCCGAAUUAAUUAUGAUUAAUUAUGAUUAAAAUAAUAUAAAUUAACAAUGACAAUAAACUAAGAAAAAUUAUAAUAUAUAGAAAUGGACUAUUACAUUUUAAUCGAUGUUAUCAAAAUCUAUUGUAUAUUUGUUUCAUGAUUGAAUUAUUACAAAUUCAGUUUUGCCGUUUACUUGAGAUACACGUGCGUGUGUACAUUGUAUAUUACGUGAAGGAGAAAAUAAAUCCUUUAUUUAUUUAGAAAAAUGUUUGCGGCUGUUUCAAAACCUUUUUAUGUAUAUUCAGCCGGUUUGACCAUCAUUGGUGGAGGUUACUUACUUAGAGAUUAUCUUAGUGGAGAAUUAUAUGAGAAUGAUAAAAAUCUAACUGACAAAGUAAUUAUUGUAACAGGAGCAAAUACUGGAAUUGGUAAAGAAAUAGCUCGUGAUUUAGCUAAACGAGAGGCUAAAGUUAUAAUGGCUUGUAGAGAUAUGGAAAAAUGUGAAAAUACACGCCGUGACAUAGUAAUAGAAAGUAGGAAUAAAUAUGUUUAUUGUAGACCAUGUGAUCUAGCAUCUCAAAAAAGUAUUAGGGAUUUUGUAGAGCAAUUUAAGAAAGAACAGAAGAAGCUUCACAUUCUUAUAAAUAAUGCAGGAGUAAUGAGAUGUCCUAAGAUGUAUACCCAAGAAGGAAUUGAAUUGCAAUUUGGUGUGAAUCAUAUAGGACACUUUUUACUAACAAAUUUAUUGUUAGACACUUUAAAAGAUUCUGCACCAUCAAGGAUUGUAAAUGUUUCAAGUAGUGCGCACAAGCGUGGCAAAAUUAAAUUCGACGAUUUGAAUAAUGACAAAACCUAUGAGCCUGGCGAAGCAUAUGCACAGAGCAAAUUAGCUAAUAUUCUAUUUACGAAGGAAUUGGCAAAUAAAUUGAAAGGAACUGGUGUUACGGUGAAUGCCGUCCAUCCUGGUAUAGUAAGAACAGAAAUAAUGCGACAUAUGGGAAUUUAUCAAAACUUUUUAGGUAGAUUAACCGUAGAUACACUUACAUGGUUAUUUAUUAAGACGCCUAUAAAGGGAGCGCAAUCUGUUUUAUUUGCUGCAUUAGAUCCGUCUUUGGAUAAUGUAACUGGAGAAUAUUUCAUUAAUAAUAAAGUAGCAGAAGUUUCGAAUGAAGCAAAAAAUGAUAAAGUUAUAAAAUGGCUAUGGGCAGUCAGUGAGAAGUGGACUAAAUUGGAUUCUGUAUAAACUAGUGUAAAUAUAAGAAAUUUUAUUAAAAUUAAUACUGGUAAGAUCGUUUUCCUUCAUUCUCUAAAUGAUGCCAAAAAAUUUAUGACAAUUACUUAAUAGAAGUAUUAUUUAUGCCAAGCUAUUAAUAAAUGAAAUCUCGAUAGGA